AUGUCGACGACCUCAACGAGCGGACUCAAGGCGAUCGCGCCCGUGCCCAAGGCGGCCGACUUCUUGGACAUCGUCCUCUCCAAGACGCAGCGGAAAACGCCGACGGUUAUCCACAAGAACUUCAAGAUCAGCCGUAUCCGCAACUUUUACAUGCGCAAGGUCAAGUUUACCCAGGACUCGUUUGAUGAAAAGCUCGGUGGAAUUUUGGAGGAGUUCCCGAUUAUUGACGACCUGCACCCGUUCCUAUCCUCCCUCCUGAACGUCCUUUACGACAAGAACCACUACAAACUCGCCCUCGGCCAGCUCCGCACCGCCCGCCAUCUCAUCGACCAGGUCGCGAAGGACUAUGUCCGUCUCCUCAAGUUCGGCGACAGCUUGUACCGCUGCAAGCAGCUCAAGCGUGCCGCGCUCGGACGCAUGGCCACCAUCAUGCGCCGCCAGAACGAGGCGCUCGAGUUCCUCGAGGAGGUCCGCAAGCAUAUCUCCCGUCUGCCCGCGAUCGACCCGACCGCGCGCACGCUGCUCAUCUGCGGGUACCCGAACGUCGGCAAGUCGUCCUUCAUCAACAAGGUGACCCGCGCGGACGUCGACGUGCAGCCGUAUGCGUUCACGACGAAGUCGCUCUUCGUCGGCCACCUCGACCACAGGUACAUGCGCUGGCAGGUGAUCGACACUCCCGGGGUGCUCGACCACCCGCUCGAGGAGAUGAACAACAUCGAGAUGCAGAGCAUCACCGCGCUCGCGCACCUGAAGGCGUGCAUCCUCUACUUCAUGGACCUCUCCGAGCAGUGCGGCUUCUCCGUCGAGGCGCAGUGCCAGCUCUUCCACUCGAUCAAGCCACUCUUCGCGAACAAGCCGACGGUGCUCGUGCUCAACAAGGCGGACGUCUCGCGCCUCGACGAGCUCGAGCCCGAGCGCCGCGCGCUCGUCGAGGAGAUCAUCAACGGCGAGGGCAUGCGCCACGUCGAGGUCUCGUGCUACACGGACGAGGGCGUGAUGAGUCUCAAGACGGUCGCGUGCGACGCGCUGCUCGAGCACCGCGUCGACUCGAAGCUCAAGGGCAGCAAGGUGAACGCGAUCCUCAACCGCCUGCACGUCGCGCAGCCGAAGCCGCGCGACGACGUCACGCGCACGCCGUUCAUCCCUGAGGCGGUCAAGGAGCGCAAGAAGUUCGACAAGACGGACCCCGAGCGUCGUCGCCUUGCGCGCGACGUCGAGCUCGAGGAGGGUGGUGCGGGCGUGUACAACAUCAACAUGAAGCAGAACUACAUGCUCGCCAACGACGAGUGGAAGAGCGAUAUCAUCCCGGAGAUCAUGGACGGCAAGAACAUCGCCGACUUCAUCGACCCCGACAUCCUCGAGAAACUCGAGGCGCUCGAGCGCGAGGAGGAGAAGCUCGAAGCGGAGGGCUUCUACGAGUCCGGAUCAGACAUGUUCGACUCGGACGACGAGCGCGAGGCAGUCCAGGCGAAGUCAGACCGCGAGCACAAGCUCGUGUCGCAGAACACGAAGAAGGCGAUGAAGAACCGCGCACUCCUGCCCCGUACGGCGGGCCUGCGCUCCAUCACGGAGCUCUCGUCAAGCAUGACGAAGGCGGGCCUCGACCCGAGCCGGAUCACGGAGCGCGCGGAGAUGCUCGCGAAGGUGGCAGGCGCGAAGCGGAAGCGCGAGCGCGAGGAGGACGAGGCGAUGGCGGCGGCGAUGGAGGAGGACGAGAGCGGCGAGGAGGGCGAGGACGACUGGAUGGACGUCGAUGGACAGGAGGCACCCAAGAUCAAGCGGAAGAAGGCAAACUCUGGCGCGGUCGUCGCGAAGCACCCGCGCGCGCCGAAGACAAAUCGGCAGCUGUCCGGUAUGCGCGACGAAGCGCAAUCAUCAAAAGCGGUCAAGCUGCGGAAUCUCGGGCAGAGAGAACGCAACUACCAGGCGAAAGCCGGAGAGGGCGAUCGCGCGAUCAAGACCAAAAUGCCCAAGCACUUGUUUGCCGGCAAGCGGAAAAUGGGCAAGACGGAUCGUCGGUGAUCGUCAUCGCGCGGCGGCUGUUCGUUUGUGUUGCAUCGUGUACUGUUCGACUCUCGCAUUUCAUUGUAUUUUGGUAGUAAUACAUCC